UUGUGUCGUGUCGUUCAUCUGAUUGAAAUUGAAUAGAAUUAACGCCGACGAGAGUGUGUGAAGAAGUGAUUUGCUUUGUGAUGAUGAACAGCAACCGUUUUGAUUGAACGGCCAAAGCGACCGCGCGCACACAUUUUGUGAAUGAGUAAAGUAAAUGUUGGAUGCGAUCUGUUUAUUUUCGAUGCGUUGCGAUGUGAUGUAUGGCAACAGCCGCAGCAUUAGCAAUCGUGAAGCGCGCAACAAAGUUUGCAAAAAAAAUAAUUGAAACAAAAACAAACCAAAAUUUGUAUAAACAAAAUAAUUUUGUGAAAAUUACAAACUGUGAAGCAACUUGUGAAUUUAUAAUAAAUGAGUUUCUUGCAAAAAAAGUGAACUACAAGUGAAUGACAAGUCUGCAUAAUUAUUUUGUUGGCGUGAAAAAAAGUUUUAUAAGAAAUCGGUGAAAAAGUGAUUAUUUAUGCGCAACGCAAACGGCGAAAAUCGAUUUUCAGAACAAAACAUAAAAUAUGUAUGUAUGUAUGUAUGAAACAAAAAAUAUAUAUAGCUACAUAUAGAGCAGUAACAAAACCGUAUAAAUAAAACUUAAAUUAAUGCGCGCAGAAAAAGCCAGCGCAGCAGUAAAAAGCUGUGAACAGCAGUGAACAGUGAAAAAGUUUCCAGCGCUGCAGCGCAACAAAUUUAUCGAUAAACUAUUUGAAAAAUGUGCUACACUUGCAAACAAGUGCUUAAAAACUGUAUUAUAAUAAACUGAAUACUGAUAUAUAUCACAAAAGCUAUAAGCAAAACAAAAACCGAAGGUAAAAUGGAUAUGACAAAAGACAUUAUUGACUACACACAAAAACACACCGAAACGGCCGAUCGCUUAAUUGCCGACUAUCAAUCGCCACUAUCCGAGAUCAGUGAGAACGGAGCAAACACACGCGCAUGCGCCGCAGCCUCAUUUCAGAUUGGCAGCAAUAUAGUCGAAGCUAAAAUCACAACAACAACCAACGCCUAUAACGAGGUGCCGGAACAAACACCGGUCAACACAGCACACGCCGCGCAGCAACUCGAGCAGCACACAUCAACACAAGCAGACGCUAUGGAGCAGCAGCCGGCUGCUGAAACGGCGAAUAGCAUGUCGCUUGACAAAACCAGUGAAACAAAUGCUAUUGCAGCCGCCAAGACUGUAGGCGCAGUGGUGAGUGGUGAUAUAACGCCACCACCACGCCCCUUCACUACCAGCGAAGUGGUUGGCUUGAGUUCGGCACUUGAUGAUGAUCCCGACUUGCACGUUGACGUGCAGCUACCCAAAUCUCGUUCCCUACCCACAUCGCCCGAUCAUCACCGACGCAGCUUGGACUCAGCUUCAGCAGAGAUAUUGACGCGCAUGAAUGCUGCGCUGUUUGGAUUCGAGCAGCGGCGCGGUCUGGAUGGAGCGAUUCAUAUGCCAAUGCGCAUAUCGAAGUUGACGAAGCAGUCAACACCGUUAGCGGCACGUAAGUCCAUUUCGCCGCUCGGCUUGAAGUCGAAGAAGCAAUUGGCCGCAGCCGCUGCGGUGGCAACAAAUUCACAGCAACAGCAGUUCUGCUUGCGCUGGAACAACUAUCAAACCAAUUUGACAAAUGUCUUCGAUGAGCUGCUGCAGAAUGAGUCCUUUGUAGAUGUAACGCUCGCCUGCGAAGGUCAGUCCAUCAAGGCGCACAAGAUGGUGCUAUCCGCUUGCUCGCCAUACUUCCAAGCGCUCUUCUACGAUAAUCCUUGUCAACAUCCCAUAAUUAUAAUGCGCGAUGUGAGAUGGGAAGAGCUGAAGGCCAUAAUGGAGUUCAUGUAUAAAGGUGAGAUCAAUGUCAGUCAAGAGCAGAUAAAUCCUUUGCUGAAAGUCGCCGAAAUGUUGAAGAUACGCGGUUUGGCGGAGGUGAGCGCCGGCAGUGGUCAUGGUAUGGCCGCACCACAUCCUAUGAUGCCCGAACAGCGCAUGACCAUUUUCGAUGAGGAGGAGGAUGCCGAAAGCGAUGAUGAUACAGAAAGUGGCGAAGAUGGUUGCCAAAAGCCAAAACGCGCACGCAUGCUGGAUCCUACAAUGGGCAAGGUUUUUCCACAUGCUGCCGCCCUUGAUCUAAAUUUGGCUGCACAGCGUCAACGCAAGCGUUCGCGAGAUGGUCUAUUCACCGAUAGCAAUUUGUCACGUUUCGGUGCCAAUGCUUCAAUGCAGCCAACAACCGAGUCAGCGGAGCCCAAUACGCAAACAACCAACGCUACCAUUGACGAAACAAGUGGCGCUGAUGCCAGUACUACCCCACAACAACCACCCGUUGCCGUGACCACAUCCACCAUUGUACGCAAUCCUUUCGCUUCGCCAAACCCCAACACUACCAACAACGCCGCAGCAAAUGCCAAUCUAAGCAACUCACAGUCCGCCAUUGCAACAGCUUCAGCACCAACGGCUGCCAGCUCAUCAACACCAACGCUUUGCAGCUCAACACCGAGUGCACCAGACACACCCACAUCACUUGCCACCGGUCACUCAUAUCGUCCACCAUCUAUGCCGUCGGCUAGCAGUCUCAAAGGUGCAAUGUCUUCACCAGCCGCAGCCGCAGCCGCAGCAGCAGCAGCUACUGCAAGCGGCAUGCCCUUGAAUGUACAUUCCAAUCCCGUCGCCGCCGCCGCCGCAGCAGCUGCUUUGGGCGUGAAUCCACAUCAUCCGCAUCACCCGCAUCAUCAUCAUCAUGCCGCAGCUGCGGCCCAACAGUUGGCCGCCCAACAUCAGUUGCAUGCAGCGGCGCACUCACACGCGGCUAUGGCUUCUGCCCUGGGCGCUUCUCUGGCUGCUGGUGCUGGCGCAGGCGCCGCUGGCGCAGGAACCGCUGGGGCUGCAAAUAUUUCAUCCGCGGUGGGACAUCAUGAUGAGCUGGAGAUCAAACCAGAAAUCGCUGAGAUGAUUCGCGAGGAAGAAAGGGCUAAAAUGAUUGAAAGUGGACAUCCUUGGAUGGGCGCAGCGUCGACCUCUUCCGUAACCGCAGACAGCUACCAGUAUCAGUUGCAAUCGAUGUGGCAAAAAUGUUGGAAUACAAAUCAGCAAAAUCUUGUGCAACAAUUGCGGUUUCGUGAACGCGGUCCCCUAAAGUCGUGGCGUCCUGAGGCAAUGGCCGAGGCCAUAUUCAGCGUAUUGAAAGAGGGUCUCUCGCUAUCGCAAGCAGCACGCAAAUAUGAUAUUCCCUACCCCACUUUCGUUUUAUAUGCAAAUCGCGUACAUAAUAUGUUGGGACCCUCACUGGAUGGCGGCACCGAUCCACGCCCGAAAGCACGCGGACGCCCACAACGCAUUUUGCUCGGCAUGUGGCCCGAGGAGCUCAUACGUUCGGUUAUCAAAGCGGUUGUAUUCAGAGAUUAUCGUGAAAUUAAAGAGGAUCUGGCACAUGUGUACGCCAAUGGACAAAUGCAAGCGGGCUCCCCUUUCGGCGCCGCUGGUAAUGCAGCAGUAGCAGCCGCUGCCGCCAACGGUUAUCAUAACGCCGCCAAGUUGGCCGUACAGAAUGCCGCACUCGCGCCGCCCGACUCGCCCAGCCCACUUUCCACGAUGACCGAAACACUGCGCCGCCAAAUUAUGUCACAACAACAGCAAUCGCCCAUUUCACAAACAAUGAACAUGUACAAAUCGCCAGCUUAUCUACAACGUUCGGAAAUCGAAGAUCAAGUAUCGGCGGCGAAUGCCAAACAACACGCCGACGCACGACGCACCUCCGACAGCAUGCCCGAUCUGAGCGCGCUCGGCGGCCUAAUGGGUAUACCCGGUUUGAAUGUGAUGCCAGCGCAAGCGGCCACGCGCGCCAGUCAAAUGCAUCAGAGCGGCGCCGGCUAUGCCAGAGAGCGUGAGCGCGAACGUGAACGCGAGAGAGAACGCGAACGUGAACGUGAACUAAAGGAGGCCAUGCAAGCGCGCCAAUAUGGCAAUCAAUCGCGCGGCUCCAUUGGCGCAUCCAGUGCCAGUAGCCAAAAGAUGCCGGCCACAGCGACUGCGGCGGCCGAUUCGGCGGCAGCAGCUUACGCGCACUACAAGAACAAAGAGCACGCCACCAAUUACGCGUUCAAUAAACGUUUCGCCGAAACGCUACCGCCCGGCAUCGAUUUCGAAGCAAUCGCCAAUGGUUUGCUGCAGAAAUCGGUGAAUAAGAGUCCGCGCUUCGAAGACUUCUUCCCCAGUGAAUUCUUUGGCAAUGCUGAAAGUGCAGCCGGCGCUGGCGCCGCCUAUCCGCCCACGCGCGAAUCGCCGCUCAUGAAGAUAAAGUUGGAGCAUCAAGCUAGCGCCGAAGUGCCGCAUGAGGAUUGAGCUGUGCGGAAGUGAGCGCGCGGAUGCAUCGAAGCGUCCGAGGAGUGAAAGCGUUAGCGUGCAGGUGUGUAGUAUCCCAGGGCAGGGUAAGGCAAUAAUAUAAUUUAGUAGUUGUAUGCCAUAUAGUAUAUGCACAUACAUAUAUUAAAAAAAGCACACACUUAUAUACAUAUAUGAUAUAAAUAUUUAUGGAUAUUUUGAGGAAGUAGGAAUUCUUUAAGAAUACAAUGUUUUGACUGCUAUUUAACCCCAACGUAUAUAGGUUAGUUCGUAGGUUUUAGGUAUACCAAAUUACAUACACACGUAUACAUGUCUAUAUUAUAUGCAAAAAUUAGCUGAUAAGUCUAAGUAUAUAUCAUAGUUGCUUUAUGCGAAUAAGUAAGCCUUAUUUUAAGUUCUCGCUUAGUCGUAGGCUAGUGUUGAAGCUAUAAGCGAGCGGGUUGCUGUCUAGCGCAGCUAAGUAUGCUAAGAAAAUAUGUAGGAUUUGUAGUUAACAGUUUUUCUUUAAGUUGUAUGUUGACUACGGUUAAAGAGACAAACAGUUUCCAGUGACUUUGAAUAAAAUGAGCAAGUAGUAGAGAGUAGCAGCAGCUUAGCGACCAGCUAAUGCUAAUUUCUGAAUUUUUGUUUGAUUUAUUUCCUUACUUGCAUAGGAUCUCGUUGUAAUACACAUGUAUACAUAAGCUCGUUGUAAAUUUAUUUAUUCGCUUGGCGGCAUUUCUCCUUCAAAUGUGCGAUUUGUAUUAAUAAAGCAGAAAUACAUAAAAAUAAUUAAUUAAAAAAAAUUAUUAUGCAUUAGAAAUAUAUGUAAUUAAAAUAAUAAUAAUAAGGGAAAAGUAUGUAUUUAUAAAACAAAGUUUUCGCAAAUAAUAGACUUGAGCAUUUUUAAAUGUACGAAUAGGUGUCUAAGUGUCAGCAGUGUAUUUAAUAGCUAAGAAUUUAGUGUGUAUGUAUGUGUUAAAAAUAUUUUUAAAAAAUUUGACACUAAAAUAAAUUUAGUAAGUGAAAUAAUUAAAAGAAAAUAAGAAAAAAUUUUGAAAACAAAUAAGUAUAUUAAAAAUAAUAUGAAAAAUAAUUGAUUUGAAACAAAAAAAUUAAAAAAUUUUUUAUUAAAGAGGAAAAAAUUACACAGAAGUAUAAAUAUAUUUUAUCCAACUUCCAUUUUGCAAAUGCCUUUUUUUGAAUAAUAAAAUAAAUUAAAAUAAAAUGGAAUAAAAACAUGCUUUUAGUUAAGCCAAGUUUGCUAAGUUUUACUUGGCUGCUUCUAAAAUGAUUAUUUAAUUGUAAAUAAUGUACAAAUUAAGAUAAAAACUGUAAAAAAUAUACUAAAAGUAAGCUAAAAAGGUAAAUUUACUACAAAUUAUAUAAUCUUGCAAGCAAGUGCAGUGCUCUUCAGUAGUUAUGGGUCCAAACACACAAAUGCAUUUUGCAUACUCAUGCAUAACUUGCAAAAAAAAUUGCUUGUGUUUCCUCACACACACACACACAUACACAUACGCGUUUGCAAUAACUAUAAAAAUUCCAGAUGGAAAAGUGUAAUGGGAAAAUUAAAAAUAUUUGAUGAAGAUUUAUUUUUGCUUCGCUAUUAUUGUGUUUAUUUUAAGUACAUAUAGAAACACAUGCACAUACAUGCAUAUGCAUAAAUAAUUAAUUAAAUAUGUGUAACUACUUUACAUUGUAUUUACCAGUUAUAUAGGCAUAAAGUAAGCUGUAAUGCAUAUUGUAGAAUUAUAUACAACAAACAUAAGGGCAUACAUACAUACAUACAGUGUAAUCCAAUGAUAAUUACUGUAAUAUGAUGGAUAUGGAGGAAUAAGUCAACAAAACGUGUAUGCGCUGAUGCAAUGACGUGAAUAAAUAUUUUUAGUUAAUCGUGAAUAUAAAAUAAAUUAA